UGUAUUAAACAAGAAAAAAAAAAAAAGGAUGGAGCAUACGCCUGCACCAUAUGUUCCUAGAGCAGUUUAUGGAUAUGCUAUGUACAUUGGAUCUAACUUACUUUUUCUACUUUAUCUCAUAUGGUCCAUAGUACCUGAUAACAUUUUAAAAGACUACUUUGGUUUAUCUUAUUAUCCAUCCAAAUAUUGGGCUAUUGCAAUUCCUAUUUGGGCUUUAACAGCUCUCGCUACAUUUGCAUUUAUCAUUUAUCCUGCUAUGAAUUUAUUAAUGACUCCUGAUAUCGAUGAUAUUAGAACCAUUACUGAUAAUUAUGCACAACAUGGAAAAGAAACUAUUCCUGGUGGUAUACCUACUGUUUCUGAUAUACCAAUAACAGAAGUUUGUAGACAAUUAUAUUUAUCUAAAGAAACUAAACUUAAGUAUAAUUAAAAUGCUUUUAUAUGUUCAUACAUAAAUUUCAAUUAAGGAGAUUUAUUAAAGAAUCAUUAUAAAAAAUAUAUUAAAUACAAUUUAACUCUUUGCGGUCGUAUUAAAUUUAGACAUGGGUAUCGUACUGGUCGCAAUUAAUUUCCAUUGAACGAGCAGUGAUACAUAAUAUGCAAGAUUAUGAAGGAUAAACAAACUUUAGAUAUAUAUUUACAUAAAAAUAUAUUUUAAUGUUAUAUUGUUAUAUAAAAAUUAUAUUUUAUAAUUCUUCAUUCGUGUGGUAACUUUCAAAACGGUCUCCAACAUGAAGUCCUGUUUUUCAACUACACGUGUCACAAAAAUAAUAAGAUAUUUUAGUUUGAACAUGUAGAACAAUUUUUACUUUUUAUGUUUUAAUAGUGCCGUAAUAUAUGUAAUUUGCCAUUAAGCCUUUCCUCUUUAUCUGAGGAUGAUGGUCUUCCUGAUUUUGAAGAUGCUCCGUCAUGAAAAUUACCUACAAGUUGUUCCACCAAUUUUCGGACAAACAUAAAAUGUGCCACAUGAGCCUUAUUUUCUCUUCUAGCUGACACUUUAUAUAAGAUGUAGCUAUUGAUUGCGCAAACUUCUAAUCCCCAAAAAAACUCUGUUCUUUAUUCCAGUAGGAUUUCAUAUUAGGAACUAGAAUAGUACCCAUGUUAAGGAUUACGCCCAAAAAAGCUCUUAAUUCUUCUUUCAUCGAAUCGACCCAAUUGUUCUAUGUUGAUCCAUUAGAUAAGUUCUGUUGUUCCAUUUUAUUUUUAGCAUAUUUAUUUGUUUCUAAUACAAUUUUUUCAAGCAGUGAAAGAAGAAUCUGAAAAAAGCGAUAGGUUCCGUGCAAUAAACAGGUACAUUAGGUUCAAUAAUUUUAAGUCUCGUUGAAAAAUUAAUUUUUGAUUGCGGCUGAUCUUUGUGCGUAACUAUCUCCAGGUAAUAAAUUUAUUUAUACUAUUGUUCUCAUUUUCGUCAUUUUCUUCUAUUUCACUAUUUGUCUCGCUUGUCGCUUUAAUGGAAUUAUAUCGCUAUCAGAAUUAGUACUAACGUUAUCACUUUCUAUAUCAGAGUCAGUAUUCAAGGAGUCAA